AUGAAUCCUGUAACUGUUUUGCUAAUAUUGGCGUUCACUAGUGCGGCGUUGCGUUUCGGCAAUGAGGAUAACGACGUUUUAAGUGCUUACAACGAUGUGUACGGUGAAAACUAUGAGGGAUGUCUGUUAGCGCCCAUGUGUGAUAAAUGCCCUGAAGGAAUGUACUUGGAAGUUGAUGAAAAUCAAUGUCUCACAUGUGAAUGCUUCGAUCCCUGUGCAGAUGUAUCCUGCGAAUAUGGGUGUGAAGUAAAAGUCAGUGAAGUAACUCCGAGGGGUGAUCCAAUCUACGUUGCGGAGUGCCAGUCACAAACUGUUUCAUGA